AUGAAGAUACGCCGAUUAAAGUAUAAGAAUAAUGUUCUGUGUCACCGUAUUCAUGACUUUUAUCAAACCAAUAUUAAUGUUAAUCCUUACACUCACUAUAAUGCUGAACAAUUUGCUGAAUUACCUUUACCUAAUGGAGGUCCCCCACAUAAUAUACCUCCAAUAAACGUGGUAUCAAGGACCCAAUUCAAUGCACAACAACCAUCAAGAUUUGAGGCUCCAAAUUUACGACGUGCCCCUACUACAUUAAAUUAUAGCAUUCAUCCUCCUUCAGAAAAUGAAGGUGAAUUUGAAAGUAAACUUAUUGGAUCUCCCAACAAUGGCAUACCUGAGCAAAUGAAUAGCGCUGUAAUGUUUGAUAAACAGUAUUUACUUCUUGGCAAUGAUAAUGGUUUGUGGGUAAUGGAUUUCUCGAUUCAUUGGGAUUUAAUAAAACCAAUACAAUUAAUUCGUGGAUGUUCAUUUAAGAAACUACACAUUCUUGAGGAGUAUAAUAUGAUGAUUGCAAUUUCUGGAAAGAGAGAUAUGAUCAGAAUGUACAAAUUAGAUUCAUUAUUACAUUUAAUCAAAUUUGUAAACAACUCUGAAUCGAAAUCUCCUAUUGAUCUUUCUAAAGCUCCUAAAAAAAUUGCUGCUCCUAAAUGUGAAAGAUGUGGUCACGUAUUAAAUGAAGAUCGUACUAGUCCUAAUUGUCCUUAUUGUGGAUUUGCUCCUAGCGUUAAUUCAAAAUUAGCAUCAAAUUCUAAUUCAUCUGAGCCGCUUAAACCAUCUCCUUCGAAAUUAAACCGCAAAUUAUCCCAUUUUACUUCUAAUUUAUCUAUUUACGUUCGUAAUUAUCUUUCAAACUCUUCUGGUAUAAAUGCCAGUGAAAGAGCCAAUAUGUGGCGUUGGGCAACCGAUUAUAUAAGUUUACCUGAAUCUGUAAAAGAUUGUACAACUUUUGAUAUCAUUGAGAUAAAGAAUACUAUAUUCUUAAUGGCAGUCACGUUAAAUAAUGGAAUUAUUCUCUUUUCAAUGCCUACAGAAAUGAAAGGCUCUCCGGAUUGUAAAUUCGAAUUUUUAAAAUCUUAUUAUGUUCCUGGAUCAUUAAAUUUUGUUAAUGUGAUCACAGAUUCAUCAUCCAUUAAACAAAUAAUUGCAAUUACUGGUAUUGGUAGUCGUAGGGCUGCAAUUAUCGAUUGUUAUACGACUGAUGUCACUGAGAUUAACAUAAAAAAAAGUAUUACUCCAAAGGAUGUAGAAUUUCCAUCAUGGACAAACUUCAUACAGAUUCCAUACUCAUAUUCUUUAGAUUUUUUAAAUAAUAAUCCUAUUAUAAUUGAUGAUCGUCCAACCAUUAUACCUUUGUCACCUCCAUAUCAUCAACCCACUCUUUCUCCAUCAUUUCCAAUUUAUUCACAUAGUUUGCCAUCAGAAAAGGGAAAUGAUGGUGUUUCACGUCGUUUUACCUACCAGACUAAUAGGAUUUCGGCUGAUAUACUAGAUCAAGAUAAAACACGUCGCCGUUCUUCUGAAUUUCCAUCCGAAACAACUUCGAAUGUUCAUUUAUCACCACCAAUUUCGCCUAAGACUACAUUUGAAACAUUAUUACCAGGACAAGUCUUUGUUUGUACAAUCUCAAAUACUUCCUAUCUCGUCAAUAUACAUGCUGAACCUUACAAACAUCAUCGACCUAUACACUGGUCAUCUGAUCCAAUACAUAUUACUCUUUUACCAACUUUUGAUGAUAUAUUACUCAUGGCAUUUGAAAAACAAACAAUUGAAGUCGCUUCAUUGAAGACCGGUAAAAUUAUUAAAGAAGUUACAGGUGGAUCACAAGUUAAAUUUUUGGGUGAAUCCUUAAGAAAACCAACGCAAGCAAAAGGAAAUUUACCACAAUAUAAAACUGAUGAAAACCAUCUUGAUGACUUUAUAAGGAAACAUGUAUUUUGGUCUAGUCAAAUGAAUGCCGAUGUAUAUAUUUAUCGAGGGUUUAUUGCUUAA